AAGCAGGAACGUUUUAAUGUCUUGGGAAGUGAAAAAGUGAAAAAGGCAGAAGAAGAGGAGGAGACGGAGGAGAAGGAGGAGAGAGAGGUGUUGUGUCAAGUGGAAUUCAAGUUCAGGGAAGUGAGCAGGCAGAGUGGAGGGGCACUGCCUCCUUGACAGAACUGAUCAGACUCAGCAGACGCCAAGCAAGACAGGCACGUAAGACAAAAACCUUCUCCAAAUCUGUCCUUCAGUGGCUGUCUUUGUCUAGAUCUGUCUGUUUUUUACCUCUUCUUCAGUGAUGGACUAAGAUGGAGUGAGGCACAGUCAGUGAGACAGCGGAAAAAGCCAACUCUAAAUGUAAACAUAACACUUUGCAUUUUGCUGCUCCCAGAAAGAAGGGUGUCAAAAAGGGUCAGAAGGUUCAUGCUGGUUAGCUGUGGUACGGCUUCUCAAAGACAGAUUUUAGGAAGAGAAUGAGAUUGUACUUUGUACACUACAAAGUCUGAACAGAUUUCCACUGAUUCUGAGAAGAAUAUUCAUUUUUUAAUACCACGUGACUGAUUUAAGCUACAACAGAAUUUCAAAGUACAGACUAAGUCAAACUUGGAAACAAUGGAGCAUCUUCCACAGACGAAAGGAAAGGGGGUCUUGAUGUUUGCCCAGAGGCGUCAAAGGAUGGAUGAGCUUUCCGCAGAACAAGAGGAAAUGAGACGAAAAGGCAUACCAGUGGAUGCAGUUUUUGAGCCAGAAGGUGAAACUGUAAAGUCUCCUCCGCUGGAAGAAGCCCAAGCCCCACAAGAUAUCUAUCUAAGGCAACAACAACAGUAUCAAGAUCAUCCAUUUCAGCAACAGAUGCUACCACAAUCAGCAAAUGGUUUGAAUGGUCUGGAUUCAUAUCAAGGUUCGACUGUUUCCAGAUCCCUUGUCUCCAACAGAACUGCUAAGCCCUUUCUGGGUGGUCACAAUCAAGGACGAAAAACUUUUUCACCAGUAAGCAGUGUCUCAAGCCCAACAUCUAAGAAACCUGAAAACAUAUUCAAGGUUCCUGUUCCAGUAAACACAACCCCACAGGUUUGGUCCCCAACAUCAGACAUAAUUGCGUCACGUGAUGAACGUAUUGCUAUACCUGCAAUUAAAACAGGGAUCUUGCCAGAAGCUAAAAGAAGAGGAGUGAAGUCAGACUCCAAAGAGAUGCCUCUGCUUCAGAAAAAAGGAGAUCAGAAGUCCUUAACAGAGUCAUUUCCAGAAGAAGAUUUUUUCAGUCUGGGUGCAGAAGCGUGCAAUUUUAUGCAAGCUCCAAAGAUCAAACAGAAAAAUCCUCCACCUGUCCUGCCCAAACCUGCCAUAAACCUAGCUCACCCUCCUUGGUCUGCAGAGCGUCGUCCCAUGAAUCAGAGUCCCCUUGCCCCAGCUAUGGGGAACACCCUGGUGCAGGCAGUACCCCAACAAAACCCACCAAAGCAGUCUCCUGAAAAAGCCUGGUUUCCAUUGUCAUCUCAGCCAAUACCACAGGAGCCACCACCUGCUUGGGUUCCAGAUCUGCCUCAACCAUCCUGGACACAACGUACACCAGAUUCACUUCGUGCUGGUCCUUCCCAGUCUAAAACAUCACGGGUUAGAUCAAGUGAUCGUAACUCUGUUGCUUCCUGCCCACCCCAACACCUGAGCACAUGCUUUCAGGGAUCUAAGGCUCCAUCAUCUUCUCCUAAAGGGUAUUCAUCAGAUGCAGGUGCUUCUGAAGGACUGAACCUUAAAGGAAAAGGAGCUGAACUGUUUGCUCGAAGACAGUCCCGUAUGGAAAAAUUUGUGGUCGACGAUGAGACUGUGAGAGCCAACAAACCUAGACCCUCAUCGCCAACAUUUUCGAUGCCAAGCACUUGGAAAUACUCUUCUAAUGUCCGUGCCCCACCUCCAGUCUCCUAUAAUCCCAUUUUAUCCCCCUUUUAUCCCCUUGCAGCGGUUAAGCAACCCCCUCCUGCAACUAGUCCAAAAAUUAAGUCUAAAGCAAACAAGGAGAAGAAGAAUCCCCAACCCAAGCAUCUCAAUGUUCUGGAUGUCAUGAAACAUCAGCCCUACCAGUUGAAUUCCUCGCUUUUCACCUACAACUCCACUCCAGAGGCCAAGGAAGCCCCUACAGAGUCUAAACAAACUUCUGCUCAAACCCCUACCAGUUUCCAGUCCCUUGCUUAUGAGCCCUCUACAGCAUUCUCCCCCUCCCCAAAUAGCUUGCAGUCAGUUAAGCAAAAUCCAUCUAAAGGCACUGGAGAGGCAUUCAGCAAGAGCCGGUCAUGGACUUCCCCCCAGAGACUGUCCUCCGUGUCUCCCGCUUCCCCUGUGUCCACUCCGGGUGUCUAUUCAACACGUCAGUCACUGAACAGGCAAUAUUCAUGGGUGGAACAGCCCCAAGAAACGCUCUCCUCUGUAGAUGAAGUUCCUCAAAGCCUCUUUGGUCCUGAUGAGUCCAAAAUUUCAGCUACUCCUAGAAAAUCAUUACCACAAACACCGGCAGAAUGGAGGAAAAGACUUUUCUACGAGGCUGUUGGUGGCCCGCAGGAGAUGGAGCCUGUAACAGCUGUUACAUCCCCAACCAACAGCUUUUCUUCAGUGCCGAAAGAAGCAGUAUCCGGGCCUCCUUUCCGUCCUGCGCAGCCUCUGGUGACCAGCGGCAGGUACAGCAGGGGUACUUCUCUGCCCACAAAUUUCACACUUCACUCAAACUGUCCGCAACUGCAUAGAGUCAGUUGGAAACUGUAAUUAAAUAUUCAGAGUGAUCAAAUUAAAUUAUAGUAUAUCAUGGUGUAUGA